AAAAGUGAGAGAAAACACUCACACCAACAGCUUCACAGUCACACUGAAGAAAAGAUGUGUCCACAAGUGAUGAUGGGGAACAAUGUAAGUAAAAUCUUAAAAAAAAUAUAAAUCAAAGGUUGGUAAAAUAGUAUUGAAAUUUAAAGUACUAAAAUGUGAGCCUCUUAAUGCCUCAGAUGUUGUAUUGUUUAGAAUGUCUUGAAAUAUCUGGUAAACAGAUGAGCAUGAGGCAUAUACAGUACCUUUUGUAGUAUUUUGUAAUAGAAUAUUACAAACUGAAAAUAUAUACCUGAAAUUAGUAGAUAUGAAUUACUGACAUUCUCAAUGAAAAUUAUGGGAUGUUUGGGAGCUUGUAGGACAUUAGUGUGAACUGCAGCGCUCAGUCUCAUGGUCUAGAUAUUUCUGAAAAAAAAAUCUAAAUUCUGACCACUAGGUAUCACUGUUUGACCCAGAACCACUCCUAAGAAAUUUUAUUUAUUUAAGUGUUCUAACCAGAUAUGAUGAUUUCAAAACAAUAAUUCCUUUAGAAAAAAGCCAACAACUUCUCUGAUUUUUCUUGCAGAAACAGUCACACUAACAAGUCUUAACUUCAGCUUCAGCUCCAUCGGCUUUGUAGGAGAGGCUUUUCUGGGCAUUGCAUUUCACUUUUUAUUUUAAACCUCACUAUUUUAAAGCACCUGUUAGAAGUUUUUGAUUGGUUAUGAGGCCAUUGAUGACAAGAUUGAUAAUCUACACUGUAUUUUUCUAAUGUCCGUAGCAGCUGUGGGAGGGUAGGCACACUGAAAAAAAACACAUUUGUUACUUUUCCCACAUUGAAGGUUCACACUGAAAGAUGAAUCCCACUGUCAAAGGACAAAAAUGGAACCUUUAUUGUCAAUCAACACAACUAUCUCAAGGACAACAUGAAAUGAGCAACAUGGACAAGUUACCGCUUGGUCCACAGAAGUGCCAAAAUCAACACAGACAGAAAGUUCCUCACAGGAGUUUUGUAAGUUUGUUUUUGAUUAAGAUUGUAGUUUCUUAAAUAUAAGAGGCAAUAAUAAAAAGUGAUAGGCAGAUUAUAGGCAGCUUUGCUAUUAUUCAACAGCUGAUGAAAUGGUCCACCGCUUGUCUGAAGGCCUUAUAAAUCAAGGGGUUAAAGGAGCACACUAGACCGCCCCCUCGCCACAUCUGGGCCUUUUCCCUGUUCAGAUCCCCCAGGCAGGUCACCUGGUCCUCAUAGGCCUGUGACACACACCACUUUGAGUGGUCGUAGCUGGACUUAAACUGGUCCGACCAAGGUAGCUUGAUUCUCUUGAUGUUCAUGGCGUGUUUGGGCAGGGAGCAGUUUGAGGGCAGCUCGUGACCCACUCUCUGCCACGUCUCUACCAGCAGGUCAGCGUCAAGGGCCUGAGCCACCCAGCCCGUGUAGAUGUCUGAAAGAGGGACCAUUGAGGGGGAUUAGUUCAGCUCACUGAGAUGAAAUAUUAAAGAUAGAAAAAGCAGAUGCUAAGUUAUGAUUAAUUUUGUUCUAGCAAUUUCAUGUUCCUUGAAAUUCCCUCAUUAAGAGUCAUAGCAAUGCUGCUUCAAAUAAGAUAACAAAAACAGCCUUUAUUAAAAAUACAGCCUUGAUACUCUGGGCUUAUUAUCUUUAGAUCAGAUAAGAUCAGUGACCUACAAAAACUGAGAGGAGAGAGUACUUCAGAAAGCCUUGAGUGGGGUGUGCCUAAAUACUUUUGAGUGUUUGUGGCUGAUAAUGACUGAUGGUGGCUCAUAAGCAAGGUGUGUCGACAGUCUGUGAAAUUUUAAGCUCUUAAAAAAGUUUUUUUCUCAAAGAUUCCCCAUGAAAGUAAAGUACCAAUAGUGGUCUUGUUACCCCCAUCUUCUCAAAUAAUCAAAACAAGUAAAACAGAAACAUCCAACCAUACACAACUGUAUCUCACCGUCUACAAAGCGUUCAGAUUUAACAAAACUGAUGAACUUCUCCCCGCCCACUGAGGAAAGAUGCUCCACUCUCUUGUCUGAAAAAAGUGGUGGUUUAGUGCCACCACAUAUCUGAGCCAGCUGCAGCAGGUCGGCAACAAAUGCAUCAGGAACAGAGCAAUUAUAGAAACGUGGGUAGAUGUAUGCCAUCUGCUGUGCUGCAGAUUCAAGAGAGAGAGGAAAUACUCUGUGUAAAGGAAACCAAACACAGGCUUUGACAUGAAUAGCAAACCUUAAAGAGUGAAAGGAAAUUAUUAUAAAAAUCACGUUUCCUCUUCUAUAAUCUGACUAAAUUGUUUUGCUGAUGGACAACUUAAAACCUACUUAACUUAAGUGGUAGAUAUAUGGAAGUUCACACAUUUUUCUACAUUAUUUACAUGGUUUGUUUGUUUUUCUUGUUAUUUAUCUAACACCUGUGACGGUAAAUAAAGUCACCCCCGAGGCUGGUUGCACAAAAAUAGUAUCAACGUCCUCAAAGAGUCUGUUUAUUUUUUGUUGUUGUUUUGCAUUAUGAUUGAUGGUGUGCAAUUUGGUUUCCUUAAGUCUAUACCUGUUUCACAAGAGCUUCCAACCAUAGAGGUAAAAUGGAUUUGAGGAUAUAGAAAAGUACGACUAGACAAAUGGUGUUAGCUGUCAUGACUCUUGAAGAGUCCAAUUCUGCAAAAGCACACCUUAUUGGUGAAAAAGCUCAUUAGCAGUGCUCAAAUUGUGCAUGUCUCUUUUUUUAAAUCAUAUUUUACUAAUUGGACACUUCCUCCCUCUUGUCUAAAAAUGUGUCAUUUCAUCAUAUUAUUUAACAUCACGUCAGUUUCUUUUAGUCUGUUAUCUUACUGUGAGAGUAACUCUUAAACCCUCCAACCAGCAGAUACUUAUAAUUGUUUGUCAUGUUUGCAGUGAUGUCUAUCUCUACUGAGAGGAUUGAUAGUCUUACAUAAGACCUGGUCCCUGUGCAAAUGUUGUCUUAUUUUUAGCAAACAGAAUUUUGUAAGUUGAAAUCAGGGACUUGUACAGACCUGGAGUGAUCAAGGCCUUGUUGCAUCAUUCACUCACCAAUGCGGAGAAGCUGUUCAUACUGGUAGGUUACACAGAGGGCUGUCUGGCCAAAGAAUUUGCCCGAGGAAGGAUAGAUGUAGCCUUCCUCGGGGAACGAGGGGAAGUGUGGAACGCUGUGUGUCAGCCAGAAACCUUGAGUUCGGUCAAAGAGCAGGGCCCCUGCAGGAUCCACACAAACAGCACUAAAUAUACACUAAACUAUACUCAUAUCCACAGGAAAACACACUGAUGUAUGUCAUGUUGGGACAGUCAAUAAUCUAAAGUCAACAACUGUUAUCAGACAGAUGCUCUUUGCCCGUUUCCUCCUUUUGGCAAUUUCAUAGCAUCAGUGUCUGGGAGGUUCUGUUACACAGGUUCAGACAGAGCUUAAUAAUUGUAUUAUGUGAUGAAAACAUCAGAUUUAUUUUAUUUACAUACACCACAAUGUAGAGUGUAAAUUUAACCUCAAAUUUGAACCCUUUUAUUCUUCACACUGAGCUGUGUGUCACAAAUGUGUCUGUCGUCUCUGGAUAUUAUGACACAACAUGUAAAUAACAUUAUUUAGGGUUACCUUUUCCAUCUGGCACAAUUUGAUAUAUCCGGCUAAAGAAAUUUUAUCUAAAUUGGGAAGAAAAAAAAAAAAAUUCUCAUUUAACUUUACCUUUAGUGUGUCCAUAUCCGCGGAUGUAAUCCAUGUUUGGAGGAGCAUCGUUGUAGAGAGCGUAGACUGAGCUGUUAGACUAAAAAUAAAAAGUAGCUUAUACAUACAGAGCAAAACCAUAAGGCAUCUAUUCAUGCAUACUCUUUUAUCUUCCUGUAAUCACACGUUUAUUUCAGUUAUUUUAGAUCUUGAUAAACAAGGGUGUAACAAGACUUUUGAAAAAAGGGAUGGCCCACCAGGGACCCUUAAUUUUACAGAGCAUGUGUACACACGUGCUAUUAAAUACAAUUUCUGUCAUCACAAAUCAUAUCUACUUUGACUAUUAACAUUUAAGUAUAAAUGUUUAGCUUAAAAAUUAAAUAAAUAAAAAUAACACUAUGAAAUGAGAACACAUAAAUCUAGGAGUCGCAUAACGGUGAAUGUCUGAAGUCAAAAGAACAAACAAAAUACACUAUCAACUUUUUAUUAGAUGCGAUCAUCUUGUUCGCCGUCAUUGCAAGAGUUCACAGAAAGGAUCUGUCUCUUUACUGGAGAUAUGAAGCUCCAGUCAGCACAGGGUUGGCCAAGCUUGUCAAUGUGCCUUUAUAAAACUCAUAUUUUCCACAUAAAGGUGGAAAUGGGAUCUAUCACGUCACCUAACAUGUUUUCCACAGCGCCAAACUACCUUUUAAAAAUAACCUUUAGCAUUUUUUCUGUCUUUUCAGUAUCUUAUCCAGUCCUGACUGCAAAUGAUGACAAAUAAACUGACAUGCAGAAGUCUUUUUAAACUUGUUACUGGGGAAGCAUGUUAAUGUCCAGCUUCAGCUUAGUUCCCCAAGAGUGUCUACUCUACAAACUGGCUCCAGCUUCAGCUCUGAUCAAAAGAGUCUCUAUCUGCGCACACACAGGAAGCAGUGUUUAAAACCUGCCUCAAGAAAAGACGUGCUCUCACCUCAUAGGUCUUUCCCAUGUAGAGCUGGUUCAGUGUGCUCCAGAGGGCUCCUUGACUGAUGUUAACCGUGAAUUUACUCAUCUGCCAACCUUCAGUUGAGGAGUCCAUGUACAUGUAGUCCACUCCACUACCCACCUUACCAAUUUUAUACAGCGGCAGUUUGUAAACAAUAAACCUUGAGGGAAAGGAGGAAUUAAUUCUUCAGAUUACAACACAGAAUAUCUAAACUGUAUAUUCUUAAUUGAUUCUAGUAAUUUCACAUAUAUCCGCCAAGCACAUUAACCAAUAACCCAACUGUAUUAUCUCAUUCAAACUUUACUGAUCCCGAUGUUAUAUUGUCUUAGAUCAACUCACCAGUCAACAGGCUCGCCAGCUUCAUUUCUACAUGAAAUAUUACAACAACACAGUGUGCAACACAGAAGCACAACAAUAAUCUGACAGCAGGGACUGAGGUGAGAUGCCAUCUCGAUCCACUCCUGAAGGUGAAGUGAGAAGAAAAGGGAAAAUUAGUAUCUUUUAAUAGCAUGUGUGCUUUAAAAGUGAGUGACUUUGAAAGUGAACACAUCACAUCUGCUGGAGAGCAUGCAAAACAGGAAGUCAUACGCAGUAGUCAUAUGACAAGGGAGUACAAUACAGAAGGAUGAUCAAGCUCAGGACAUAUGCUUUCACUGGCUCUCAAUCUGUAAAUCUGCAUGCUGUAACUAAAUUUAUCCAGUCAAAGUGUUGCACCUGCUUCUCUCUUUAUCUUUAGUCACCUUUUAUUUGGAACCAAAUGGCUGAUCGUUGAGCCAGGAAACCAUCUGCUACGAACACUUUCAUCCUGUUAGGAAAAACUGAAAUGAAACUGUUUCACCUCUCACUCUGUUUGUGAGUGGCUUUGUUAAAGGCUGAUUUUUUAUCAUUUUAGAGGUUGGUAUUGAAUUAAUCAAAUGUUCAAAUGUUCAAAUGUUGUCCACAGCUAUAGACCAACAAAGACAAUCUACAGCACAACAAAAGUAAACAUCAAAAUCCUACAAAGUCAGACUAUACAACAACUUAGAUCACAAUAAAUACUAAAUCUUAAUAAAGUGAUGUGGAUCUCCAUAUUUAUUCAUCACAAAUAAAGAAAUUGUGAAUUAAAAAAAUCUGAAAUUAUGUGUGAAAUACAGACAAAACAUGAAUAAAUGGCGCACAGUGGAAGGGCAGGGUUUUUCUUUUUUAUCUCUGCUUAAUCAGCUUACAGAAUUUGAAAUGAGUUGAGACAGUUUUUGGUCGUUAUGGUGUCACUUUCUGGGUUGCCAGGUUGUGAAAUCUUAUUUUUGGCAGGGACUAAUCCUCGUGGUGAGGAAUAUUUGCUUUUUCUUUGUCUUAAAUUCAUCUGAGAACCCCCAAGAGACAGUUCAAACAUUCCAGUGCUGCACAACUCUGAUUCAAGCAAGUGUAUCAGUAGCAUUUCAAAACAGGAUAUCACAUUAGACUUCAUAAAUACAUUUGCAUGACUUGCCCAGAUAAACGUCUUAUUUGAAGAAAAAAGCAGGCAAAAAAAAGGUGUGAAUUUCUUUUUAUAACUGAAACUGUUAGCCAAUAGAAGAAGUAAAACAUUUUUAAAAUAAGACUUCCUGUUUAAAAGUAACUUGACAAGUAAAAAUUUUGUUCUCUGAAUUGACAGGUAUUUCACUCAUUUCAAGCACUUCCUUAUUUUCUGCAGUGUCAACACAACAAAGAUAGCCUUGUUUGUUUUGAAUGAAUGUUUUUAUUGAUUUUUUUACUGACCACUGAAACCAGCAGCUUUAUAAUGGUUAACUUUCACCUGCACGGAGUCACCAUAGCUUAUGAGUCAAAACAGUGCAACCAUAUCAUGUGCAAAUCUAACUUUAUUAUUUAAUUUAAUAACUAGUGCACUAAAUACAAGCCUAUAAGUUAUCUAUGAUAAUCUUUUAGACAUGAGUUAAAUGAUAAAACAAUUGUUUUAUUCUUAUGAAGCCUUCACAGAGUGGUUCCAGUUUGAUGUCCCCUCAGGUAUGAUUGAAUGGGAGCAUUUUAGACAAGAACGCACAUGAAGUGCUGAGUUUUAUUACUUUUUGUACAGAAAGUCCUUUGAAUCUACUAGACACCUCUGUAUUUCUACAUGUGCAUAAACUGGAGUUUGUGUGCACUCUGUGCAGGUAAAUCUGACCCAACAACAAAAGUCCAAAGGUAAGACCUCCCUAUGAACAAAAUCCUCCUCUAUCAGUGGUGACACUUUUUGGCUCGAGACUGUGCAAAGACUGAGGACAGACAGACAGACAGCAGGUAGAGGAAAGGACGAUACCAUGGCAACUGCUCAGGUAACUAUUCAUUCUUUUUUAUAUAAAACAAAAAAGACCAAAAAUACUGUAUGAAGUAAAUAUAAUUAAUCCACACUUUUUGGGGUAAACGGCCGCCGAAACGGGGCAGAACUGAUCUGAUAAAUAAUCCUCUGUUCAUGCCUCACAGAGUUGACUCAUAUGAAAUACAACCAAACCAUUAUUGCCUUAAACUGGCAGUAAAAUAAUUCAGCUGAUGGUAAAACUUAUUCAUUAAUUUCAGGUUUCUGAUUCCUCACUUUGUGGAUAAAAAAAUACCACAUUGAUACUUGCUGUUUCAGAUCUACAUGGGGAAAUUCACAGGGGAUUCACACACAACAAAAUAAACUCUUAAUAAACCAAAAACUUUAAGAUAGCUGAAAACAUGUUGAUAUCUUUUGAUUUUUUUCCUAUAAAUAUAUCCUCAUAUUCUCACUAUUCAUUUGCUCUUUAUUGUAUUUAUCUUUGGAUUUUGUACUUUUAAAUAAAAUAACCUGACACAGAACGGUUGUAUCGACAUUCAGUGAAAUAUAAUAGUUAAACACGCAUGAUGUUUCUGUUUAAAAGUAGAGAUUAGUAUUGAUGGUAAAAAAAAAAAAUGUGUUCCUUGUGGGUGCAGAAUGCAGAGUUUGUGCGAACAGGUUAUGGCAAGAACUCAGUGAAGGUGCUGGUGAUCAGGAGACAGGGGAGCCAUCACUCCAUUAUUGAGCUGAAAGCUGACGUGGAGCUCACACUGAAGACACGCAAGGAUUAUUUACAUGGAGACAACUCAGACAUCAUCCCCACCGACACCAUCAAGAACACUGUGCAUGCCCUGGCCAAGCUGAAAGGGGUAGGUCUCCAACCUCCAACACGUGGGGCAUGUCUAUAUGCACUGUCGCUUGUUUUUUCCCCUUCGGAAGGGACCCUUGUCCUGUAGCUCAAACACAUACUAAUCAAUAAAAUUGAGGACAAACAUGUCCUGUUGACUUUUGUCUCUAGACCCCCUGUUAUGUAAAAUUCUUACUCCUCUUACAUAACACAGUUACUUGUUCUUACUCUUGUUUUUGGCUCACAGCCUAUUGUCUUCCUAUAUAUUUCAUCUGUGUCUGUUCAGGUCAAAACCAUUGAGCAGUUUUCCAUGGACAUCUGUAACCACUUCCUGACAUCCUUUGACCAUGUGCUGAAGGCCAAAGUUUACAUGCAGGAGGCACCAUGGCGAAGGCUGGAGAAGGUAAAAAACAGGUUCACUUAUCACGCAAACAUUUUACCUGUGAUUGUUAAUACAGCAUAUCUCAAAGAGCAUUAAUUUCACUUCUGUGUAAUACGUACAUCAUUAAAUAUGACUUUCGUUAAGUUUGUUGAUGCCGCUUUUUCACAGAAUGGAGUCGAGCACGCUCAUGCAUUUAUCCUUAGCCCAGAAGCUGUUCGCUUCUGUGAUGUGGAACAGAAUCUCAAUGGUGAGCACACACACACACACACACACACACACACACACACACACACACACACACACACGUUAGCAGUAUUAUAAACCAAUCUAUUUGAAAUCAAUAACAUUGUUGGCGACUGAUACUGCAUAGAAUUCAUUUAUGGUAAGGUGCAUCAAUGGUUUUGCCAGUAAAUACAAAGUUAAUGUAAUGUUAACAAAGCCCAAACAAUCAGCUGGUACUAAAGAUUAAUCAACAGUAACAAACAAGAGUGUGAUGCUUGAAAGGUGUGUAAUGAAAGUCAGAUGAUGGGUCCCAGACCUGUACUAGAAAACUGCCUCUGCAGAAAUCACCACACCCUAUUGUAUAUCAGGUGUUCAGACAAAGAUUUAGAGGAGCAUGUUUCUAAGAGUUACACUCUGUCUGACACAGGCAUGCCUGUGGUUCAUAGUGGGGUGAGGAACAUGACAGUUCUGAAAACUACCCAGUCAGGUUUUGUGGGUUUCCUGCGAGACCGCUUCACGACCUUGCAAGAGGCCCAGGACAGAUGUUUCUGCACUUCUGUCUACGCCAGGUGGCGCUACAACAAGACUCAGGAUGUGGACUUUGAUGCCUCAUGGUAACUUCCUGUUAAAGGACUCUGGAGGGAAACAUUCAGUGAUUGUUGUUGUUGUGUCAUGAUGGAGUACAUGUAUUUAUCUGCCACUAAAAGGGAAAAAAUAUAACAGAUUUGAAACACAACUGAGGAGGAAAAUGUCAUUUUUAAAACCUCAUAACAUGAAAUUAUGUACUUUUUUGACUCUGUAGGAAAUGUGUCAAGGACACAAUCAUUGAGAAGUUUGCUGGCCCCUAUGAUCGUGGAGAGUUCUCACCAUCUGUACAGAAGACACUUUAUGACUCACAGGUCCUCAUUCUAGACAGAGUUCCUGAGGUAAGACCACAUUUUUGUUCAAAGGAGGCACACUCAAGGUGAAAUCUAUACUUCCUAUUUAUCCUACCUAUCAAAAAAGGUCAAAUAAAAACAUGUUAAAUGAUUUUUGUUACUUUUGCGCACACUUUUUAGUACCAAUAUAGUUGUUGCCACUGAAUAUAACAUAAAACAUGCUCAUCAAGGUCAUUCAGAAAAACCAAGGCUUUCUGGUCUCUAACUUUCAGGUGGAUGAAAUUGAGAUUGUCAUGCCCAACCAGCAUUAUUUCACCAUUGACAUGACAAAAAUGGGCCUCAGCAACAAAGAUGAAGUAAGUCUACUGAAACACAUAAUCUUUUAGGUUGUUAAAUCGAUAAUUUUUUUAAGUCACUUAUGAUCAUUUUUCCCCUGACAGGUUCUGCUUCCCCUGGACAACCCUUCAGGCAACAUCACAGGAACCGUGCGCAGGAAACAGCAAGCCAAGCUGUAAAGACGCUGGCUCACAGAAAACACUGCUGCUGUCAUCUACAAACCAACCUGGAUAAGCUUACUCAAUACAAAAGCCAAUGAACAAAAACCUGUGUCAAGUUUGAGUAUUUUGCAUGAAUGAGCACAACAACAACACAGAAAGCUUAUAACCAUGUUAUGUGAAUAAAAGAAGAGAUAUACGAUUCAAUAUUAUUAUUCUCUUAACUGAA